AUGACGGUUACUCCUGAAACUCGUGGAGCAUUGCUUCCACAUGUUGUCGAUAACUUAGCGGAGGCCAGUUCGGCUGCUAUUUUUUGCGUGCAUCCCAUUUCUCCCGACAUCUCUGACGGGUGGCAAAGUAUCACCUUCAAGGUUCUCGCCCAGGCCGUCAAUAACCUGGCAUGGUGGAUAACAGACAGCAUUGGACAUGGCAAGGGCCUCGAGGUGUUGGCAUAUAUUGGUGCAAAUGAUGCAUUCUUCAUAUCUCCACGGAACCAGGCAGGGAUUCAUUCAAGCCUGUUGAAGUCCACAGCAUGUUCCAAGCUGGUUUUUAGCCCCGAGCGCGAAAGAGAAGCGACCGAUAUCAACACCGAGGAAUCUAACAUGAAGAAAUGGGAGAUUCCGUCGCUGUGGGAGCUUCUUCAUCGCAAAGGGGGUGCAUUUCCCUUCAAUAAAACAUUUGAGGCUGUCAAGGAUGAGCCGGCAGUCGUUAUUCAUAGCUCGGGCUCGACAGGCACUCCCAAACCUGUGUACUUGACCAAUGGUUAUCUCUCAGUUCUCAACAAUAUCACAACACUAGCGACACCUGCAGGAAGAACCAAUAUAAUGCCCAGUUCUAUGGAGGGUAGAGGCCCCAUCCUGUCCAUGAGUCCGUUCUUUCACAUGAUGGGUCUAUACAUGUUCACGGAAUCAAUUUUCCAUGCGACCCCUUUCGUACAGUUCCCUGACAGGCCAAUGACCAUCGAUUUAUUUAGCCAGGUUGUCAAGGCUACUCGUCCAGCGCACGCAAUGCUUCCUCCAUCAGUUAUAGAGGAGCUAAGCGCUUCCCCGGAAGGGCUGAAAUCAUUAAAAAGCUUCCACGCAGUGAUCUUUAGUGGAGCACCGCUCUCAUCUGAUGUUGGCAAUAGACUGGCGAGCACGGUUCAGCUGUGUUCUUUCCUUGGCUCUAGUGAGGCAGGUGUUAUCCCAGUUCUAGUGCCAGAGGACAAAAAGGAUUGGGCAUAUUUCGAAUGGAAUCCAUCCUAUGGUGUUCAUCUGUUGCCUGUUGCGAGAAACCUAUACGAACUUAUCCUCUGCCGGCCCGGAAAUGGCGAGCGAGAUUUUCACGGCAUCUUUCACGUGCUACCUGAUCAGUACACCUACAAUACAAAAGAUCUUUUCAGUCCCCACCCCACAAAACCUAACCUCUGGCAGUUCCAGGGGCGCCUCGAUGAUGUUAUCGUGCUCAGUAACGGUGAGAAGUUCAAUCCGAUCUUGAUGGAGAGGAAGAUCGAGAGCCACCCUUUGGUCUCAAGAGCAAUUGUUACUGGUCAAGGAAGGUUUCAGGCCUCGCUGCUUGUGGAGCCUAUCUGGGAGAAGCUGGGCGAUGCUUCUGAAGAUUCCCUUAUUGAUCAGAUAUGGCCAGUUGUGCAGGAAGCCAACCGCCUUGCUCCCGGUUAUGGAAGACUGUUUCGGUCGACCAUUGGCAUGACCUCGAAGACCAAACCAUUCAAGGCAUUGCCCAAGGGCUCAAUCUCACGUCGACAAGUAGUUGCUGAUUAUGCCCGGGAGAUUGAAGAGAUCUACGCGCGCCCAGAUAGAGAAUUCGUGGGGAACUUACCCAGUAAUGCUUCUCCUCUGGAUCUUUACAAUUACCUUCCACAUGUUGUCUCCUCUGCCCUCAAUAUACAGGAUAUUCCAGAGGACUUUGAUCUUUUCUCUCGUGGAAUGGACUCUUUACAGGUUCUCCGUCUCGUAAAGGCCUUGCAGGGUGUACUUCGUUCUCACUUCCCCGGUAGCAACUUCGAAGCAAUUACUAGCCAACACUUGUAUUCCAUUCGAAAUAUGGACAGCCUUACAAAGUUCAUGUAUUCGUUGGCCACGGGGAAUAGUGAAGGUGUCAAAUCACCUGUGGAUCUUGACCAGUCCCGGUCCAAGAGAUUUGCAGCUUCCGUCGAGAGGUUCACAUCCAGUCUUCCCACAAACCUAUCUCAGAAAACAGACAAGAAAAUUAGAACAGGGAGCACGGUGCUAGUGACAGGCUCAACAGGAUCUCUGGGUACUUAUCUCCUGAGCAAGCUUAUUGAUCAACCAAAGGUCGAACGAAUAUUCUGCCUGAACAGGGCUGAGGAUGCUCUAUCCAGACAACGUCAAAGCUUCGAAGACAGAGGCUUGGUCUUCCCCCCUUCUGCCCUGUCUAAGGUCACGUUCUUUCAAUUCAGUCUGGGCGAGGAAAGGCUUGGUCUGACACAAUCACAAUAUACUACGUUACAAACCUCUGUCGGUACUAUAUUCCACUGUGCGUGGAACGUGAACUUCAACCGGAGUUUUGCCGACUUUGAAGAUAUUGAGCUCCGAGGGCUUUCUCAACUAUUGUCUCUGGGUAUGGAAUGUGAGCAUGAAGCCCACUUCCAUUUUAUCUCAUCCAUCUCAGUUGUUGGGAGGUGGGGAGUGAAGAAUGAUUAUGACACCGGCGUACCAGAAACUAUUGUCGAAGAUGCAGCAACGGUUCCUUUGCAAGGAUACGCGGAGGCGAAACACGUCGGGGAGAGGGUCUGUGCCGCGGCUGCAGCUCGUUAUGGCCUUCCCAUCACUAUCUACAGGGUUGGGCAGCUUGGAGGCCCCACGACGGAGAAAGGAAUGUGGAACAAACAAGAGUGGCUACCAGCCCUCAUCAUAACAUCCAAGGCGAUCGGUGAGGUUCCGCAAACUCUUGGCCAGGUGCCAAUAAAUUGGAUACCUGUAGAUACCUUAACACAAAUCAUCCUCGAAAUCGCCGAUUCGCGUCAACAUUACCAAGCAGGGGAAACCAUUUCGCUCUUUAACCUUGUUAACCCUACCGUUGUCCCAUGGGAAUCGCUCAUCACGGCGAUACAAAAACGAUUCUCUACGAAUGUUGUCGCUGACGAGACGUGGCUCGCGCGUCUUGACAGCAUCGAGAAUAUAACAGAUGUCGAUCUCGCAAAUAAGCCAGCGUUGAAAAUACUCGAUGUUUAUAGACGUCUGUUCGCGAAAGACACAUAUCCCAAGUUCAGCAUCAUAACGAAUAAGGGCCAGCAUGCUAGUUAUACCAUGCGCAACAUUCGGCCUGUGGAUGCAGACUGGAUGGAUCUCUGGAUGAAACAGUGGGGGCUUUAA